CCGCUUUUGGCUCCCAUUCACUAGCUUUUUCUCAUUUCCCAGCCAGGUGCUUUACAAGGCUAGACACCUCCGAGAAAAACAACAACGCUGUCGGAACUGAUCACCUUACUGGAUAUUUUUGUUGUUCGGAUGGCUUUUGUAUUUGCUUUUUUAGACUUGUGCGCAUAAUUUGCCUUUUUGCAUUUUUAACUGAGUUAUCACAGGUGCAUAGACAUAGUUUAUACUAUCUCUAUCUCAUUUGUGCCGUUUCCAAAAAAAGAAAAGAGAAAAGAAAUCGGCCUCUGGAUUUACCAGCACUAAGACAGACUGGUAUGGUCGGUUCAGAUCCAAGGAAUAGGUGAAAUCCUUCCAAGAACUUUUUUCCCUCCCUCUUUCUCUCUCUCCCAUUCUCUCUCUCUUUCUCUUCCGAUUCCGUUCUAUAUUGUUUUACGGGUGACAAGCUGAAAGACGGCGCCAAACUAUGUCCAAGCCUGUCGACCACAUCAAAAGACCCAUGAAUGCCUUCAUGGUUUGGUCUAGGGGCCAAAGGCGAAAGAUGGCACAGGAAAAUCCCAAAAUGCAUAACUCGGAGAUCAGCAAAAGACUCGGGGCCGAGUGGAAGCUGCUCUCAGAAGCAGAGAAGCGGCCGUACAUCGACGAGGCAAAACGGCUGAGGGCGCAGCACAUGAAGGAGCACCCCGACUACAAAUACCGACCGAGACGCAAACCCAAGAAUCUGCUAAAGAAAGACAGGUACGUCUUUCCCUUGCCCUACCUUGGAGACACGGACCAUUUAAAAGCGCUCCCCGUUUCAGCCACGGACUCGCUUCUCGGAUCCACGGAGAAAACACGAGCUUUUCUACCCCCCACUUCGGCACCUUAUUCCUUCCUCGACCCAAGCCAAUUCAGUUCCAGCGCAAUUCAGAAGAUGGCAGAGGUGCCACACUCUUUGACCACCAGCACUUUGCCCUACGCCUCUUCCUUGGGAUAUCAAAACGGAGCUUUUGGCAGUUUGAGUUGCCCGAGUCAGCACACACAUACCCACCCCUCCCCGACCAACCCCGGGUACGUGGUGCCCUGCAACUGUUCUGCAUGGUCGGCCUCCAGUUUACAGCCCCCUGUUGCCUACAUACUUUUUCCAGGUAUGACCAAGACCGGAAUAGACCCGUAUUCAUCAGCUCACGCAGCGGCCAUGUAACUCAGACUGCUGAAGGAAUCUUGAAUUCUUCAUUGCAUGUAUAUAAAAUAAAUGGACUAGGUAGAGCAAAACAAAAAAGAAUCGCAUCGGAAAGGACGCCGAGGACUGCUAAGGAUUUUCAAAGAGACAUCUUUGUUUCUCUCUUGCUUAUAAACUAGAGGACUUUACACGCCGGAACCCGCUGCAGGAAACUUGGAGUUAGCCGCUCAGGCAGGUGCCGUGAGAACUGUAGGAAAUGUAAAUGAUAAAACUUUUAUUGCGAGCUACCUUCAUUAAAGACGACUUUUAAGUUUAUUUAUUGUCAUGUACAUUAAAUAUAUUAAACGUUAUUAUUAUUAUUAUUAUUAUCAUUAUUAUUAUAAUUAUUGGAUGUUUUCGUUUAUUUUCAAUUAUUUUGCUUUUGUUUGCACAUUUAAGAAGUCUUUUUUCUGUAUUGUUCUUAUUAUAACAUUUUGCCAGCUAGCAUUCGGGAUUUAUUAAUAAUGAUCUUUGACGUAAAAAUGAAAUUUAAAAAGGACAUAUUUUGUUUUAUUUAUUUUCAGACACAAGGGAAACAGAAUGUUUGCUUAUUUAAAAAGUUUAAAAUAGUUCUUAAAUUUUGUGGUUCAGUGAGAAUAGUCACAAUGUAUAAUUUGACUUUUUUUUUUAUAAAACGUCACACAUGAAGUCAGGCAAUUAAUGUUGUAUUUUUUAAUUGAAAUGGUAAUUUAUAUAUGUUAAAAGUAUGUCAUGAAAAAGAAAAAAAAAGCAUUGUAUCCAAAAGGAUUUUACCUCGUUAUAACGUUCACUUUGCUGAACACAGACAUUUUGAAUAAAGACAAUCU